ACACAGUGAGUCAUGAUCUACAUAGGUCUGACGUGUAGUCCUGUCUGUAGUUGCUGUGAUGCAAUUCGGAAGGUGGACACGGGAGGGCGCUAAUCAGCGGUUGGACCGCGGGUUCGACGAAGACAAAGCAAGAAGAAACCGCGUCCGGCUUUGUGUGGGUCCUAUUUUUCAAACUAGAGACUAGCUUUACACACCAAGAGGACAGAAGAUCAGCCGGCCGCUCUUAACUUCCAAGCACUUGGACCAAAGUGGAUCUGACUGCAUUGGCGUCUCAGAAAAGAACUGGCCCACGAUGUCCAGCGAAGUGCAGAGACCGGACGACAGCCCCAGCACGAGCGGGGGCAGCUCGGAUAUCGAACAAAGGGAAACGGUACCGCCCGAGCAGGAGCGGGAGCAAGCACAGCCCAAAAAGAAGGAGACCAAGAUCUCCAGUAAAACCGCUGCUAAACUUUCAACCAGUGCCAAGAGGAUUCAGAAGGAGCUCGCAGAAAUAACACUAGACCCGCCUCCCAACUGCAGUGCCGGCCCCAAAGGGGACAACAUCUACGAGUGGAGGUCGACCAUCCUGGGACCCCCCGGCUCCGUCUACGAGGGAGGGGUCUUCUUCCUGGACAUUGCCUUCACACCAGACUACCCCUUCAAACCCCCCAAGGUGACGUUCCGCACGAGGAUCUAUCACUGCAACAUCAACAGCCAGGGCGUGAUCUGCCUGGACAUCCUGAAGGACAACUGGAGCCCCGCCCUCACCAUCUCCAAGGUGCUGCUGUCCAUCUGCUCCCUGCUCACAGACUGCAACCCAGCCGACCCUCUGGUGGGGAGCAUCGCCACACAGUACCUGACCAACAGAACAGAGCAUGACAGAAUAGCUAAGCAAUGGACCAAGAGAUACGCCACAUAGACGCCCGCCGCCGACCCCCCCGACCCCCCGGCCUCUCUCUACCUCUUCCCCUUUAGUCUGUCAAAGCACACUCACACAGUGCAGCGGUAUAUCUGCCCCCCUGUCGUCCUCCUCCUCCUCCCCCCGUUUUAUCUACCUUUUCUGUGCAAAAACAAAAGAAAAAGACAAAAAAAAACAAAAGUUGUCCUUUGUUCCUUGUUGACUUGAAAGCUUCUUUUUUAUACAGAGAGUAGAUUGGGAUUUUUAUUUUCCAAUAUCUGAAUGUUGGAAGUAUUGUAUUAGAUAAAAAACACAGAAUAUUAUAAUUAUCAUACGCAUCGUCCUCCAGCUACACAGUAUGUAUUCUCAUUUCCUUCGUGGCGCCCCGGAAACAAACGCGCAGACCGUUGCUUUUUCCGUUGCUCUCCUCGGUUCUCGUCACGGGUUCUUGGCCUGCAUGGGACGGGACGGUUGGCUUCAGUGGAUCCUUCAUGCUUUCUAACUCCCUCUGAUUUUGUUUGUACUGUAUGUAUUUUUUCAAAGGCUUUUGAGGCAGACCACUAAAGUAUAGGUCUGCCUGUGAAAGAGGCAGGACUUGUGUAUUUACUGGCUACCCGCCACCCCUGCAAUUGCAGAGUGGUUUGUCGUGCACUUGUAUUUCUGAAGCACCCAAUAAAACACAGUGGUUGGCUUGUGAGAAAAGAAAAAAAAAAA